AUGUCAGGCUUUUCAUUCGGCUCAACCGCUCCUAGCGGGCAGCAGCAACAACAAUCAUCGGUGCCUUCGUUCUCGUUCACGGGCGCCUCGGCUGCCCCUUCGCCGGCAUUGGCCAAUGCGCCUACCCCAUUCUCGUUCAACAAUGCUGGAUCAGGCACAGGAGCGAAUGGUCAGGCUGCACAGCCUCAGCAGUCCUCUCUUUUCGCUGGAGCGGCUCAGGGGCAGCAACAACAGCAGGGACAGGCGUCGGGAGGGUUCUCAUUUGGCAAUAAGCCUGCUCAAGCUCCAGCGACUGGUGGGGGUCUCUUUGGUCAAUCGACAAAUACCGCACAACCUCCCGGCGGUCUCUUCGGUCAGUCAACAAAUACCCAACCUGCCGGGGGCCUUUUUGGUCAAUCGACAAGCACCCCUCAACCCUCCGGCGGGCUCUUCGGUCAACCCGCUCAGACUCAACCUGCAGCCGCCGGAGGCUCGAGUCUGUUCGGUGGGCUUCAGUCCCAGCAGUCGCAGCAGCAGCCCAGUCUGUUUGGACAAACUCAGCAAGCUCAAACGGGUGGGACGGCUCCAACCCCUAUGUCUGGUGGUCUAGGACAACAAAAUUCCCUUUGGGGGAGCACCUCGAUGGGUCAAAAUCAGCAGGGCGGUUCGGGCUUGCAGAACUCGACUCUAGGCGCGAGCUCGAGUGGCGCGCAGGGAGGGUUGAAUAAGAGCACCAAGUUCUCGGAAUUGCCAGAGCAAUUUCAGAAGCAGAUUGAAAGCAUGGAUGCGGCGUUCAAGCAACAAAAGACGCUCGGGCAGGGAAUCAACUCGGAAGAGCUCGGUAAAGCUAUAUGGCGCACCACAACAGAUAUCAAAUCCUGCACCGAAGAAUCAUCCGCCCUCACCCAAUCCCUCCAAAACACCGCCCAGGCCCUAACAGCCCUACAAGCCCGCUUCAUCACGGAAGAAGAAGACGUGCGGCGCCUGGCGGAGAUAGUAGAGACGUACAAGGCGGUCGAUGGGCGGCCCGGUGCCAUGCGUGUCGCAGGGCAUAAGGAGUGGCCUGGAGAGUUCUUUGGGAGGGUUGCGAGGGGGCUGGAAGAUCGGGUGGCAAGGUAUAAGGUUACCAUUGUUCAACUAUCGAGGGUGGUUGCGAGUUUGACAAAUGAGUCGGAUGGACCAACACCACAAGCUAUCGCCCAAACCAUACACAACCAUCAAAACGCCUUGGUGACGCUCGCCGCACAACUCGAGACCCUACAAGUACGGAUGAACGGACUGAAGGGGACGUAUGCGGAGGAAUAUCGGGCGCGGACAGGGUCGAUGAGGGAUCCAUUCGAGGUAGCGAGGGAAGAGAAGGGUCUUCCACCUGUCCGGGCAUGA